AUGUCAGCUGAUCAAAUUGGGAAACCACUUUCAUCCAAAGGAAUCUCUUCAUCCUCAUCGUCAUCUUCUUCUGCUUCUUCAUCCCAUUCCCCGUCUUCUUCCUCCUCCAAAAUAAUCGGAACUCAAACUGUCGGAGCAACUCUUCAAACAAUCAAAAAAGGAGACAAACAUGAUUCGGAUCUCGUUGAUUUGAAUCAAAGAAACGACCAAAGAAUGGAAGGAUCUGAUAAGAUGAAGGCUGGAAGUGUUCAUGGAUCGAAAUCGAAUGUCGACUGGAAAGGAAGAAAAGUGAUUGUGAAUGGAAAGACUGUGGGCGCGGGAGAGGGCACUUUCUCGUUUGGAAAUAAACCAACGAUGUGA